GCUCCUAUCACUUAGCACUGCCCAUACCAGAUAUUUUGACAUAUCUCGACACGGUAGUCAUUCCAGUGUACUUGCCCACUGUUGACAGUGCAAAAUUACACGUUUGUGUGAUUCAUCGGCCUUUGUUUAGCUUUCGUUGCUUUCAUUGUGACUGCAAGCCGUUUACCGGAAGCUUUGCGGAAAAUCGAUAAAAUAUUUACUCUUUGAUAUCAUUUCCGCACUGUGUCAGAUGCGGAAUUCGCGGCUGUACGCAAAGAAACAGUUGAUGGCGCACACCCAUGCCAGGGUGGUCUGUGAUAGUUUGUUUCGAGUUUUAAGUCCUAAAAGUUAAAGGAAUCACUCCAGUGAAAGCUAGUUUCAAUAAAUACGCGGAAUCUGAUCUCAUUCCCAUCCGCAUUGGAGAAAAAUUUGUGUUUCCUCAUUCAAAACAUUUCAAAACAAUGGAUGCACUCGAUGAACAGUUGGCACAACUAAAGCUGAUGACAAGCCGGGCGUUGUCACCGAAGAACACUAGCACGUCUGGAUCUGCGUUGAAUUCUGGAGAUUCUGUAUCAAUUGGUGGGAGCGAUGUCGGGUUGAUGCCCAUACACCAUCAACAACAAGCCUCCGGCACGCUUUCUAAGAAAAUUGGUCCAGCUGUACCGCCAAAACCUUUGAAAAAGUCACAAGUUGCGGGUGAAAUAGCGCAAUCCAGUGAGCCGAUUCGUAAACAAAACGCUUAUAGCAAUAUGAAAAUGACACUGGACAAUUCAAUUAUAUUGGAUCAGCAGCUGGAGGCAUUGGAACAUCAUAAAAAGCAACUCGAAAAAAGAGCGGCAAGUGUGGGUCGCGAUAGUGUAGCAUCCGGCCCAGCUUCAUUGGAAAAGGAUCCAAACAUUGGGGCAUCCCCGAGCGGCGGCUAUCAUGUCUACACAAAUGUCGAUCAUUUAGGUACUGGUGGAGGAAAACCAGCUAUUGGAGCGAACCCAGAUGCAGUGGUUUAUAGCAAUAUUCGGUACCAAGUACAGCAACCAUCCAACAGCGAAGAAAUCAAUGCUGCUUCGCGAGUAACUCAAAACCAAAUAGUCUACAGUAACGUAGGUUUUGGUGAGUUGCCUCCUCCGCCGCCAUUUGAAAUUCCGCCUGUUCCUGCGCCCCUGAAUUUAGCUCUUGACUCGUCAAAUUUUGAUUAUCGUCCCCAAACAAAUGAGGACGAUUUACCACCACCUCCCAGUCCAGUUAGCUCGUCAUACAGUGAGCUGCGUCGCGCGACCGACAACUUCCCGCAAAUGUCUCAAUACGCGCCGUUCAAUAGAACAAAUGUGGCGCAAACUUGCCAACCAGCCAAUAAACAAGUUCCUUCGCUCUACCACGCACAACGAGCCACCGCUGCAAUGCUAGAUCAGUCAACGGGCGAUCUGAAUACUGCUGUAAGCCGUUCACCGCACUUUCGAAAUGAUCCGCAGCAGAUCUAUGCAAACGCGCAGUAUCAGAACGUCUACAGCUCGUACGAGCCGAAUUCGCAGGCAACCGGGGGUGGAAGUAACUCCUCCGAGUACUAUGGCUAUGGCGACCUUUCCCAGAGCCUCUCAAACUAUGAAUCAAUUUAUGAGCCAAUUAAUCCGCGGCCACCUAGUCAGCUUUCGUCUCGAUCGAAUUAUUCCUUAUACACUUCUUAUGUGAAUGGAUCACAAAUAGCGCCAAGCGACUCUUUGGGCUGUAACACCAUGACCGCAACCUCCACCAGCAGUAAAAAUGGCAUUGGUCAGGUUGGCUGUGAAGGGAAGCUGCCUGGUCGCAAAGAAGCUGAGGUUGAGGCGUUGACCAAUCUUCUCGUCCAUUCAAUGGACUCUGGGACUGACAUAGACAGUUACGGAAUCUGUGUUAAAUGUGGCGAGCGUGUUGUCGGUGAAUCUUCUGGUUGUACGGCUAUGGAGCAGAUAUACCACAUCAAUUGCUUUACAUGCUCUGAAUGCAACAUGAAUUUACAAGGAAAGCCAUUUUAUGCGUUCGAUGGCGAGCCAUAUUGCGAAGAAGACUAUUUGAAUACAUUAGAAAAAUGCUCGGUUUGUAUGAAACCGAUAUUGGAAAGGAUAUUACGAGCAACUGGAAAGCCAUAUCAUCCCGGUUGCUUUUGCUGUGUAGUAUGCGGCAAUAGUUUGGAUGGCAUACCAUUUACUGUUGAUGCUACGAAUCAGAACUACUGUAUCGAAGAUUUUCACAAGAAAUUCGCUCCAAGAUGUUGUGUUUGCCAGCAACCAAUUAUGCCCGAACCUGGCCAGGAAGAAACUGUUCGUGUCGUCGCACUGGAUCGUAGUUUUCAUUUCAAGUGUUAUAAAUGCGAGGACUGCGGCCUUCUUUUGUCAUCUGAAGCGGAAGGACGUGGCUGUUAUCCUUUGGAUGAUCAUGUUCUUUGUAAAAGUUGUAACGCUCAGCGUGUGCAGGCUUUAACCAAUCGUAUGACAACAGAGUUGUAAGUUAAAACAGAAAGUAGUAAGGGUACGUUGGUAGCAAUAAUAAAUUCCAACUACAAAAGACAUAGGAUAUAAAGGAGUAAUUAUUGUGAUCGAAAUUUAACCAUAUAGUAAAUGUAAUUUUUAACUCAUGUAUCAGAAAGAUAUUUUCAAGAAAAAGGGGUUUGAAAUUUUGCAAUUAUUUCUAGCAAUUGUAAGUAAUAGGUAAGGGUAUUUUUCAAAAGAGCAGAAAAUUAAAUGGUCAAAAAUCAUGGACAGAAACGGACCGAAAACGCAUCAAAUCAUCAUUCCGGACAAAAGUAAUGCAGCCACCAUUACCUCCUAGCAUGUGUUAUGAUCUCGGCAUUAUAUGCACUAAAUUGUUUCCAUUUUGAAAAAAUUUUGAAACAAUGAUACCCUGCCUCUAUCUACUACCAUUUUAACUGACAAUUGCAUGACUAUUUCAACGUAUUAUAAUAUUGGAUGUAUUCCAACGUAUUAUUUUUCAUGGCUGUUUAUCAAAUAGAUGAUAAGUUUUUAUCAGAAAAUAUUUGUAUUCAUUUCUACUUUGUAUUUUGAGAAAGAGUGCUCAACAAAUAUUGAAUAGACAGUAAUUGUUUCAUAUUUCUUACUGUAUCGCAGUUACUGUAAAGUAUGGAAUUUAUAAGUAAAGGUAAGAAUGUUUGGUUGAGAAGAAAAGAAGAAAUAUAUACGCUAGCUUA